GCUUGUGAUGCCAGCCUGCCCCCGUGACAAAUCCCUGACGCCUUCAUCCGGGACUCUGCCAUCAGAACACUCUCCAACAUGGCGGCGUCAGCUAAGAAGAAGAAUAAGAAGGGGAAGACCCUGACCCUGAAUGACUUCCUUGCGAAUGAUGGCAGUGGUAGCGUACCCACCAGUUACCCCAGCACAAAGGCCACCAGCUGGGCAGACGAGACCGAUGACUUGGAUGGUGAUGUCUCAACUUCCUGGCAUACUGUGGAGGAUACGUAUCGAGCUCCUCCCAUCGAUCGCUCCAUCCUGCCAACUGCGCCUCGUGCAGCACGGGAACCAAACAUUGACCGCUCUCGGCUGCCACGCAGUCCACCCUACACCGCCUUCCUUGGUAACCUUCCUUACGACGUCAGCGAGGAAUCCAUCAAAGAGUUCUUCAGGGGCCUUGCGAUCAGUGCAGUACGUUUGCCACGGGAGCCUAAUAACCCAGAGAGGCUUAAGGGUUUUGGUUAUGCAGAAUUUGAUGAUGUUGAAUCAUUCUUUCGUGCUCUCAGUCUAAAUGAAGAGAAUCUUGGGAACAGGCGGAUCCGGGUGGAUAUUGCAGAUCAAUCCAAUGACAAAGAGAGAGAUAGUGGGUCAAUGAUGGGGCGAGACAGGGAUAGAGGUCGUGGGAUGGACAGUGGCCCUGAUAAGACAGAUUCUGAUUGGAGGGCACGGCCAAGCGGGGACCUGGAUGAUGGACCACGCAGAGACGAUGGAUAUGGGGACAGGUCACGUGACCGCUAUGAGUCGGACCGCUUCAGAGACGCUCCAAGACGUGAUGAUCGUUAUGACAGCGGUCGAGAUCGAUUCAGUGGAAGAGAUCGCUUUGACGACCGAGACCGAAGGGAUCGCUACGAUGACAAAGGUAGCAGAGACUAUGAUCGUGGAGGUUAUGACUCACGUGGCGGACGACGAGGAUUCAGCAGUGGCUUCAGGCGAGACUAUGAUGACCGGCGAGAUGGAGAUCGCUAUGGAGAUCGAGAAGAGCGUUCAGACAAGAGGGAUGAUGGACGAGAUGAGAGGGCCCCUCUACAGAGGCCCAAGUUAAACCUGAAGCCACGGAGCAUCCCAAAAGAGGAGGAACAGAGUGGAAGCUUGUCCCCGCAGAGUGAUACGGCUAAUUCCAGCAGGGCUUCCUCUAUAUUUGGGGCAGCCAAACCUGUGGACACGGCUGCCAAGGAAAGAGAGGUGGAGGAGAGGCUAAAGAAAGAACAAGAACGACUCCAGAAACAAUUGGAGGAGGACAAGAUAAGGGUCUCUGAGAGACGACCACGAGACCGGUGGGAUCUUGGGGAGGGAUCUAGGUGUCUAGAUGGUGAACAUUCAGAGAAUGAAGUCUUCAGUGGACAGGAGGAUGAGCCGAUCUCUCCAUCAUGUCCAUCACCCUCUUCCAAUCAGGGAGCGCUCCCACUGAAAGUUAUGCCGGCUCCUCCACCUAAAGAAAACGCCUGGGCCAAACGCAGCACAGGGGGUGGUGCUAAUGAGAAGGAAGGACCACCCUCAGCUGCCCCUAGCAACAAAAGCGCUCUUAAACCCAGCAGGUCAGCAGAAGAGAGAGUAUCGGGAAAAGAUGAAAACCGGGUUGAUGGCAUUCGAAAGGAUAAAGUUGUGCCUCAGGGAGGAGGAGUUGGAGUUGGAAGAGGAGGGGGUCGGGGACGAGGAGUUGACUGCCCAAACAAAGAGAAACUGAUGGAACCUGCAGAUAGGAAGGAGGUCGGAUGGGAACAAGAUCCCAGAAUAGCCUCAGAACCAAAGAAAUAUGAAGAGAGCGCUCCUCCUCGAUUCAGCUCCGCAAGUAAGUAUGCUGCCCUACUAAUGGAUGGAGACCAGGGAGAAGAUGAUGGAGAGGAAUGAACAAUUAGGAAGGAUCAACUAACUACAGAAACGGAGUACAGAAGA